AUGAUCAAUGCGUCGAACGAUACACAAAAUGAGAACAGUGGGAAUUGUCAAAAUGGCGAAGAAGAAACAAUGAAAAAAGACUAUGAAUGCGUAACUAUCCCUCUUGAUGAUGACAUCAUAUUGUUGAGUUCAUUCAUUUACAUGUACUUGAUGAAUAAUUUUAAACAAAUCCAACUUUUAAUAAAUUCUUAUAAAGUAAAAGAUUCCCUUUUGAAUUAUGUAAAAGAUAAGGCACAAGAUUUAAGGAACCAUCUAAAUGAUUAUAACUACAUGCCAUAUGGCACAGGUGAACAUGGAAAAAUUGACAAGAUUGACAAAUUAUGUGAAGAUGAAAAAUUUCAAAAAAUUCAGCAGAUACGCCUUGAUGCAUUUCUUUUGCUAAAUACAAAUGAAGAAAAUGUCCAAUAUAACCAUAACUUGGUCAAAAUAGUAGCUUAUCUUUACCUGCACAAAUCCAUAACUGAGGUGCAUUCAUCGGAAUGCACACUCAUCAGCAGCAAGUGGGCAUACGACUUUAGCAGAAUCGACACCUCUAGGAGAGCAGAAACUACUCCCGUGACUCCCAACAAUGUAGAAGCAAAUCAGCCAAGAUAUCCGAACCAGACAAACCAACUUACAAUAGUGCUUAGAAAUAAUUCCCACAUAACAGAAAAGGAAAAAAAUGAUAUCAUCCAACAUGUGCUAAACAUUAUCAGAUUACAUUCAAUAAGUAAAGAAGCCAAAUUAGAAGAAAAAAAAAAAAAAAUUAUAUUUCAAAAUUUUCACGAGUUGUGUUCAUUUUCCCCAGGGAAAAUAAAUGGUGCACAAAGUGACAUCCAUAGUGAUGUGCAAAAUGGCACACAGAAUGAUGUGCUAAUGGCUAUACAAAAAAGAGUCAAACGAGUUAACGAUUUUCUUUUCGAUUUAUAUGAACCCGAUUUUUACAACUCCUCUUUGCAAAAGUGUAAUCUCAUUCAGUACAAAGAGCUAUAUGACCAGUAUCAUAACAUAAUGAUCAAGUCCAAGAAUAUAAAAUUAAAUGACAAGCUUGUUGAAUAUCUACUGAUCGAUUCGAUAUUUCUUCCAAGGUAUGUUAAAAAAAAUACGUUAAAAGUUGUGCAUCCAGAGGAUAAUGAGUAUUCUUCAUUUGAUUCCUACUCAGAUGGAUCCUCAGAUACCUCAGUUUAUUCUGAAUCAGACGUGCCAGCUGGUGCACCAUCUUAUGAAUCCCCAGAAAUGCUUCCUACUGAUGAGACAGGAAACACUACCAUGCUACGAGACAGUGAUGUGACAUAUAUGAACAAGUUAAAAAAAAAGCAGAAAAAGCAUAGUCUAGAUUUAAAUCGCAAGAACAAAGAGGAGGAAGAAGGGGAAGCAGAAGAAGACGAAGCAGAAGAAGACGAAGCAGAAGAAGACGAAGCAGAAGAAGGAGAAGCAGAAGAAGACGAAGCAGAAGAAGGAGAAGCAGAAGAAGACGAAGCAGAAGAAGACGAAGACGACGCAGAAGAAGAAGAAGAAGAAGACGAAGACGAACAAAGGAAAGACCAAUUAGAAAAACGGAAAAGACACGUCCUUUUUAAAAGCGAAGAAUUUCGAAGCCAGUUAGAAGAAAUAAGACUAGCCAUAAAAUCAUUAAACGGAAGUGUAUUCCUCCGAAUGAACCAUAAGAACUUAAAGAAAGGGUCAUUUGUAAAUAAUUUCAGUCUAGAAGUGAACACAUUAUAUGAUGCUUUGCUAAUGUUGAAAAGUUGUACAGAUGUAUACAAAAUAUUGAAAGAAAAUAAAACGAGUAAAAAAAACAAUUAUCUUAUUCUUUCCAAGUAUGUAAAUUUGAAUAUUUGUUUUCUUUUUGAUGCUUAUAUAUAUAACAACACUUUAGUAGCUGUAUCACAGAAAUAUCUGAAUUAUUUUUUUCAUUUUCUAUGCACACCAGAUUUAAUAGUUGAAAUAUUACACAUGAUAAAACAUUUUUUUGAAAAAUAUUUCAAAAAUACCUUCUUUCAGAAGCACUACAUUUUGCAAUUGUAUUUACAUAAUUUUAAAAAAACAAAACAAAAUAAAAAAAUCCUUCUCAUAAAUGCAAAAAACUGGAUGUAUAAGAAUAAACAUCCUGUAUUUACAAAUGAAUUCAUGAAGAAUUAUUUGUUCACUGAUGUAAACCCUUCUUCCAUCACUAUGACAACACACACCACAUGCAGCAAUCUAGAUGGUCUUUACAAAUUUGAUGCUUCUUCCUUUCGUUUAGAAUCCUUAGAGACCACUAAAACGAAUCAAGAGGUUCAUUUAAUGCACGUCAUAAGGGAUCAUUCAGUAAAGAAGUUCACUGAGAAGACUCAUAAAAAGGAAAAUAUUGUAAUUGAUAACAAGUGUGCAAAUGAUGGGAAGAAGCAAAAUGGCCAUCCAGGUACGUCGAAAGAUGAACCCAAUUCCGAUUUGUAUAUUUAUGAUGGAAUCCUAUACUACUGUAUUACAAAAGAUGAAUCUAUCUACAAGAAAAAUUCUAAUCUCUACCCUAAGGACUUGAACUACAUCAAAGAAGGCGAAAUCGACAUAGACAGUUUGAUGAAGACGAUCAAAAUGCAAAAUGAAAAAAUUCAAUAA